AUGAUCGGUAGUCCACAAUCGUUGCCAACUGCACUGGGAUUGGGAGUUGGUGGAUCAAUGUUGUCCUUAAUACUUUGCAAUAUGCAACAACCUACAUAUACAACUUAUGACACCAUUUGGGAUGGUCCAUUGGAUAAUAGUGUAAAGAAACCAAUUUUAAAAAGUGUUGAUAAAAGUGGUAAAAGUGUAAUAGAGUUUGAAGAAUUCAGUAAAUCGGUUAUACCAAUUACAGUUGCCAAUUAUUCAACGUUACAUAAAAUGGCAUUCGUUUCAUUUUGUGUAUUCAAUGGAAUUUCACUAUCACCCACUUUCGGAUUACUACCAGUAUCUACAUUUUUGGGGGUCGCAGCUUUAAGUGUAUUCGUUACUGGUGGUAGUGUUUUUGCUGCAUUAAAGAUGAAACCUGAUAGUUUAACCAAAUAUAAACCAAUACUCUAUGGUAGCUUGUUUGGUCUUUUCGGAUUGGGUUUGGUUUCAAUUGGUACUUCAAUAAUGAUGGGUGAGAAUACUUUCACCCGUUUCGCUCAAGAGUUUGAUCUCUAUUUUGGUCUUGCUUUAUUCACUGGUUUAACUGCUUUAGAUACUCACAAUGCUGUCAAAACUUUUCAAGAGGGUAAACCAGAUUACAUUAGAGUUUCAAUUGAUCUAUUUUUAGAUAUUUUAAAUAUUUUUGUUAGACUUUUAAGAGCUAGAAGUAAUAGCAAUAAGUAA